GCUCUCCCGAUUUUCGCAAGCCAGAGUCCUACCGUUGCGCCCUGGACCGGCUGCGCGAAACAGCUGCCCCGCGCGCCGCGAGCCACGUGCAAACUGCUGCCGACGGCGAGGCAGCCCCCUGCGUGCACAGCAUUGAACAGGAAUGCCGCGCACCUGGACCAGCGAGAUCGCGUUGGCCAGCGGCGGCGUCGCGCUGUCCGUGGCCGCGGGCGCGCUGGGCGCCAAGCUGGCCGGGGCCGUCGACGGCUUAGGGUUUACUGAAGCGGUCAGACGAUUCGUCGCCGGUGGCAUCUCGGGUGCCGUCGCGAAGACGAUUAGCGCGCCCCUCGCGGCGAUCAAGCUCAAGCUCCAGUGUACGGAAGACGACGACGAGGGCGCGCUCGACUGCGCGCGGCGAAUUUUUGAAAGGGAGGGCUGGCAGGGGUUCUACCGCGGCAACCUCGCGAACGUGCUGGGCUACUUCCCGACGCAGGCCUUCAACUUCGCCUUCAAGGACAAGAUCAAGCGCCUGAUGCCAAAGGUGGACCGCAAGAAGCACCCCUGGCGCGCCUUGGCGGUGAACGUCGUCGCGGGAGGCAUCGCGGGCGCCGGCUCGCUGUCUUUGGUGUAUCCACUCGACACCGCCCGCACGCAACUUCUUAUUUGUACGAAUGAUGACGGGUCGCCCAAAUACGCAAAUAUGGCCGACUUCUUCCGAGACUGGAACGGCGACGUGCGGAGGCUCUACGAAGGCUACGUCGUCUCGGUCGCCGGCAUCAUCCCGUUCCGGGCGAUCUACUUCAUCGUGAACGAUACGCUCCGAGCAAUCCUGCCGUGGAUCCGCGACGAGGGCCUCAAGGGUAUCGUUUCUAAAUUCACGUGCGCGCAGUCCGCAGCACUGUGCGCCGCGUACGCCAGCUACCCCUUCGACACGGUGCGCCGCCGCCUGCAGGCGGACGCGCAACGGCCCCUCGGCGAGCGCCGCUACAAAGGGAACCUGGAUUGCCUCAAGAAGAUCUAUCGCGUCGAAGGCGUCAGGGCGCUCUUCCGUGGCGCCGGCUACAACGCGCUCCGCACCAUCACCUCCGCCCUCGCACUCGUCGCCUACGGCGAGUUGAAAAAGCGGAAGCGAGCGUAGAUCUCGCCCCACUCGUUUCACAUACCUCCUCGAAUCUCCCGUUAUACGCCAUCGACGCAAGUGUCUAUAUACUAAGUCCGU